GCCUUUCUCUUCUAUAUGUGGAUUGAAGAUAAACGCAGCAUGACUAUUGGCUGCGCAGCUGAAGUUCGCGUGCUGAUUGGCUGAUCAAUACUAUGAUAGAGCCACACCAACGUCAGAUGUUCUAGAAUUCUCCCUGAGAUUGAUCAUUGAGCUUUAUCUCCUGAGCAAUUCUUAAGCAUUACCAGCAAUACUGACUCUCCACUGCACAACAUCCAACCAUCUAUUCAGAGCACAACCUGCAUUUUUCUCUGCAGCUGAACGCUUGAUUUUGGAUUUUCUCCAAGCAGCAGUUCUUCUGAAUUGUUCUUCCCACCCAUCAACCUCAACCCACCUUUCCCUUUACCUCUCCUCCCCAACCAAAAAAAAAAAAAAAAAAAAAAAAAAGUUACUACUGUUAUUUUUAAAGUUCAGUUCUUUUAUUACUAGGUUAAUGAUUUGUGUUUGAUCUGCCCGUGUUUUUUUUUCUUUGCAAAAGAACUUUGUUUCUAUUAAUAUUAGAUUAAUAAUUUUUUUUCUGCUACUGUUCUUUUUAUUGAUAAAAGUUUAUUAGCUAUAUUUGUAAGCCGUUCUUUUUCUUGUCAGUUAACUAACGUGUUUUUUUUUUUCUUGAGAAUACUUUGCAGGUUCUAUCGCUUCAGCAUUUCGUGAAGAUGCCUCGGAAAGGUAGGAGAUCCCAGGCUCAAAAAGUUCGUUGGACAAAGUUAGACCUGUCAGGACAGACGAGCGCCAGUAAAGAUGUUGCUCAGGUUUCUGAUGGACAACAGAGCGAAGAUGGCGACAACACUUCUAGAGUUAUAUCCGUGCAGGCGUCUCACUGCCAGAGUGAUGCAAGGUAUGAUGUUUUCUCACGAAACAGUCAGUGCACAUGUGUAGCUCUGACAUUCCUUGCCUACCACAGUGAGGGAACUUCGUUCGAACAGCCUGAUCUUGAUAGGGUGCUAGAGGAAGGGGAUGCUCUGUAUGUGGGCAUUAAAAUGCAGCUUAUUGCUGAAGGAAGAUUCAGACAGGAUCUUCUAAGCAUGGCUGAAGUACCUCUGAGCAUCUCAACAUCCAACCACAACUACAGCGUCCAAAAGUCAGAAGUGGUGAUGGGGUAUCUGAGAGACAGAGGAAGUCAUGAAAUGGACGCAUGGUGGAUUCCUCUAGAUGAAAGACUUCAGUGUCUCUCAACAGAUGUCAGCCAUGCACUACUUAUUGUUUCUCCAGAGUGCUGUGCUGUUUUCAGAGACAGAUCUGGAAGAUAUGGAUAUUUUGAUUCCCAUUCCAGAACUGCUGAAGGUUUGCCACAUCCUACUGGUGAUGGAACGGCAGUUAUGCUAACGUUCACCAACCUGCAUGACAUGAUCAACAGAUUAUUUCAGCUUUUUUGGAAUCGUGGUCCUCAAGCUUGCUAUGAAUUCAUGGCUGUUUCAUUUGAAAUGGAACAACAGUCUGAGGAACCAUGCUCAUCAGCAGCAUGUGUGUCACCAUCACAAGUGACUUCACCUCUGCCAAAAACACCAACAACUGCUGACAUCACAAUCCCUGACAAUCUUGUCCUGACAGAUGACAAAAACCAAACUGUCAUAAAUGUUUUAAAAACAAACAAGCAGCGAAGAAGAAAAGAAAUGCGUAAAAUGGCAAAACGGUUUGCAGGAACUGAGGACAAAACUUCAUAUUUGGAAAUUCGAGAACGUAAAAGAAGGGUAUAUGAGAAAGAGAAGUAUGCCACCAGUUUGCAGUUUCGAAUUAAUAAAAGGAAGUUUAAUCAAGAUCCUUUUGUCAGAAACAAAAAGAGGGAGUACCUUGUCAGGAGGUACCACACUGAUGCUGUUUUCCAGAAGAAAAUGAAGGACUACAUGGUCAGGAGGUACAAGACUGAUGAUAUUCUCCAGAAGAAAAAGAAGGACUACAUGGUCAGGAGGUACAAGACCGAUGAUAUUUUCCAAAAGAAGAUGAAGGACUACAUGGUCAGGAGGUACAAGACUGAUUAUAUUUUUCAGAAGAAGAUGAAGGACUACAUGGUCAGGAGGUACAAGACAGAUGAUAUUUUCCAGAAGAAGAUGAAGAACUACAUGGUCAGGAAGUACCACACUGAUGAUAUUUUCCAGAAGAAAAUGAAGGACUACAUGACCAGAAGAUAUGCGGGUGAUUCAAAGUUUAGGUCACAUCACAUUCUACGCUGUACUUUGCAGAAGAAACAGAAGUGUCUCACCAAUGCUGGAUUCCAGAUUCUUCACAAGUUGAGAUGUGCAUUAAGGAUCAAGAGGAAAUACAGACCAUACAUUCAUUCCAUACAGGAUACACCCAAUUCUGAAGCGACAAACCAGCCUGUGUCCAACGGCUUGAUCCAAAAUGCCAUAUCUGCGUUUCGGCAUCAAAUUCUGCAUGGUCCUACUUACAUCUGCACAGUCUGUCACAGGGCACUUUUUCCAAAUCAAGUCAAGAUGUGUAAUAGAACACGAUACAUCAAAAAUGUUCAUAUUACAGCCUUUUGCUUAACCGGGAAAUAUGUUCAUGCUUGUGACAGUGCCUGCUCAGUUCCUUGUGCAGUUCCAGAUGAGCGAAGACAGGAGUGGAUCUGCCACACCUGUGACAGCCAUCUGAAGAGAGGAUCCAUGCCUUCUAUUGCAGCGGCAAACAGACUUGAAUUGCCACCCAUCCCUGCAGAACUGCUUGAGCUGAAUGUUCUUGAACGACAGCUUAUCGCCAAAAUUGUUCCUUUUGCAAAAAUAGUUGCAUUGCCAAAAGGACAGCAGCGAUCAGUGUAUGGCGCUGUUGUGUGUGUGCCCUCUGAGGUGGAGAAAACAGUUAACUGUCUCCCAAGGCCUAACAGUGAGUCCCAGCUCCUACAGGUGAAGCUGAAAAGACACAUCAAGUUCAAAGGAUACCAACACUUCCAUACUGUGAAUAUGCACAAUGUGCUAGCAGCAUUAACAAAACUGAAAGCGAUGCAUUCAGAAUAUAGGGACAUCUUUAUAAGUGAUGCUGCCACAUUUGAAUUUCUCCCUGAUGAUGAGCUGCAUGACACAGAGGAGAAACAGGAAGUUGUUGUCUCUGAACAGGAUGAGCAGCAUGUCAGCACAGAAGAAAAGGAUGAGCUCAGGCCUGGCCUCACUCUGGACACAUGCAUGCAGCCACUCGACAUUGGACAGGACUUGCUGUCGUACGGUGAGGGAAUCUUCAGCAUUGCGCCUGCUCAAGGGGAAAAAGCCAGUCGGAUUUUUCAAGGUUCCCAAAUUGGAAGCCAUGGCCUUCCCCGUACAGUUUCCCACUGGACAGAACACAAUUGA